GGCAGACACAUUUUUCGGCAACGUCGGCAAAGUUACAAAAUACAACAAAAACUUAGCUUGUUAAAUUGUGUCAUAGAAGUGGUAAAAAUCACAGAAGAAGAUGGUUAAAGUUAACAAUGGGACUAAAAUGAUGGUGAAUCGCUGCAUGGAACUGCUGAAUGCGAAAAUAGCCAAUGCCCAGACCAGGCACAUUGCCAAACGGGUGCCCGUGGCGAGACUUAGUCCCCGGAACGUGGACGUGCAUGUAUUGCAGCGAGAACGCCAAAAGUGCCAGGAAUAUGAAGUCAGCAAACGACUUUCAAUGUGGGAACAGGAGAAGGAUCAGACUAAUGUAUUGCAGGACCCAGAACGCCUUGAUAACUCCUACUAUAAGCAUUAUGGAGUUAACGAGCGCAGCUAUGAUUGCACUUGGGUUGAUUUUCCGGAACGUCCUCGGCCCAAGCCACAGACGACUUUUUUAGUAGAAGAUCACAUACCCUUUAAUCGCCGAAAGAGUGGUCAACGUCCGGAGACAGCGAAGCCCUUUGACGCUGAGGCCACAGACUUCCUCAAACAAUGGGACAGCCACAAUACAACGGUUAACCGGAGCAGAUAUUCAAAGAACACAAAUGCCAGUCCAUCAGCUAUAGAACGGCACUUUAAUGAUGUUAAGAUCAGUCGAAGACAGUCCCAUUACUGAUUCGAUCAUGCAGCCCACUAAUGUGACAGUGAUUAUCAACUUUCUGGUUUGCAAGUAGUUCAUAAGUAACAUUCUAGUAUGUUUGUAUGUCAAAUUAAAUGAUGAAAAUUUAGGA